AUGAAAAUCCUCUUACAACUUGUAUCACGUGACUACUUUGUGGGCUUCACUGUGUAUAUGGAGGCUUCCAUAAAAAGAAGCGGUGGGAGAGCUAAAUUUGGAGGCCACGUCAUGUCUGCAGAGAAGAAACCAAAAAAGAAGAAAGAAGAGGCCAAUGGUACAACAGAAGCCAAGCUGAAUGGAAUUGAGACCAAGCCCAAAAAAGCUAAGACAAAGAAGAAUGAAGAUGUAGCCAAAGAGGACAGUUCUGCCAUUCAGAAUGGGAAGAAAGUGAAGAAAAAGAAGCUAGAAAAAGACAAAGAGGAACCAGAAAAAGAAAAACAGACUAAAAAGAAAGCAAAAAGUGCUCCAAAAAAGAAAAAAGAUUCAGACUCAGAUGAUGACGAUGAAGAGGACGGUGAAGAUACUCCGAAAAAGAAAACUAAGAAAAAAACAACCAAGGAUAGUUCUCCAUCUGCAAGCUCCACCCGAGAGAAGAAAACUAAAACUAAAGAUGACAAAGAUUCUGAUGGAAAAGAAAAAAAAUCCAAGUCAAAGGAAAAAGACAAGAAGAAGGAACCAGCUUCAAUGUUCCAGAUAAAUGAAGACAAAAACUCAAAAAGCAAAAAGAAAGGUGAUUGCGAGCGCUCUCCCUCACCUGAAAUUGAAUUUGACAACUUGGAGAAGUUUGUGAUGGAGCCAGCUCCGCAGGGUGUGACUGUGAAAUGCAGAGUGACUCGGGAUCAGAGAGGGAUGGAUAAGAGCCUCUACCCUUUGUAUUACCUUCAUCUAGACAAUGAAAAAAAGACGUUUCUACUGGCUGGACGGAAGAGAAAGAAAAGUACAACUUCAAAUUACCUCAUCUCCAUCGAUGCCACAGAUUUAUCAAGAGGAGGCGAGAAUUUUGUGGGAAAGCUGAGGUCAAAUUUAAUGGGGACUAAGUUCACUGUGUUUGACAACGCUGUGAAUCCAGAAAAAGCUCUUCCAGACAUGUCUAAUGCUCGGCAAGAGUUAGCAGGCAUCAUCUACGAAACCAAUGUCUUGGGAAUAAAAGGACCCAGAAGGAUGACUGUCAUCAUUCCAGGAAUGAGCAAAGACAACGAGCGAGUACCCCUCCGACCAAGAAAUUCCCCAGAUCUCAAUCCACCAGAGCACCUUCGGGAUGUGGUGGAACAUGAGAUUUGCAUCAUGGAUGUGCAGCCGGCUGCAUUAUUGGACUACAUUGUGAUGCAGUUUGGACGAAUAGCUGAUGACAUUUUCACACUGGAUUACAACUACCCGCUGUGCGCUGUGCAGGCCUUUGCCAUCGCACUUUCCAGCUUUGAUGGCAAAAUCGCUUGUGAAUAACACACAAGUCUUCAGUUGUGGACUCACACUUAAACCAGCAUACAACAAACCCACAUUCACAUCAGAUCAACCAAGCGUCUUUGGAGUCGCCUACACUUCCUGUGAUAGGUGUCGAUAACAGCAACGGUUCCUCAAAUGUGACAAUACCUGCUGUUGUGCUGCUGUUAUCCGUGUGAGUGCCCCCAGGUGUAAGAAUCAAAAUUGUUGUCAUUUUAUCGUCUGAUCUUGCAUGACAUGGUGCAGAAGAAUCCUCUGUUUUUCAUUCUCAGUAUUUCACUGCAAUCAUCUGAACUUCUGGGAACUACAGAAAGACACACCAUUGGGAGUCCAGUGACUGGAGAGUUAUGUUUCAGGGAGAUAAUUGUACACCUCAUUUAUGAAGGUGUUUGAAGACUAUUAACAUCAUUAAAGGAUGUUAAACCAUGAA